AUGAAAUUUUUGCUAAACAACCUUUUGAGGAAAAUGCCGAAAAGUGUAUCCAAAGAAACGGCACACAAUGUAACUGCAAAUCUCCCCAGUUAUAUAAAAAAAAAAGAUGAAAAUUUUUUAAUAAGUCUGCGUGUUAAGCCCAAUGCAAAGAACACAUCCAUAUAUUUUAACUCGGAUAGAGAAGUGCUGAAUAUUAAUAUACAAGAGCAGCCAAUAAACAACCAGUCCAAUAUCGCCAUCAUAGGUUACUUCUCCGACAUCCUGGAUUUGAAAAAGAGAGACAUAUCCAUCGUUUCGGGGCUGAAGUCAAGGGACAAAGUUUUAAUGGUUUCAAAUAUCUCCCUGGAUGACUUAAAUAGCAAAAUUGCCGAAAAUGUUGAGUGA